GGGGGCUGGAGAGAGGGAGAGAGAGAGAGAGAGAGAAGAGAGAAGAGAGAGAGUUAGUUAGUUAACAGAGGACCAAUGGACCGUGUCACAGCACCAGUGUUUUCUAUGUAUUCUUGUCCACGAUGCACUUUAAGAUUUCAAUAAGAUGCGUGUGUGUUUCCAGAUAAUCACUUUCUUCGUCGCCGUAAACUUUCACUGCCAGCCGCUCCGAGCUCAGGAUCCCUCCUGCUGCCACCAUGCUGUUGAGUUCUCGCCUUGCAAAGAAGCUUGUGACCAGCUCGCCACUAUAAAGAGUGAGUCUCAUCUGAAGCAUCUCCUCCAGAGGUUACCCAGUUACUGUCCAGAGUUGAUGAAUGAACUUUGGAUGUGCAUCAACUCUACACUUCCAGGAGUAUCCAGGAAGUCCGAUGGCUGGGUGGGGCUGGGCUGCUGUGAGCUGGCUAUCUCCGCUGAGUGUCGCAGGGAAUGCAGACAGGCAUCAUCUAAGAAUGACAUAUCAAAAGUCUGCAAAAAAGUCACAGAGAACCCCCUCUACGGCUGCAUCACCAAAAAUGAAAUGGGCUCCACCUGCUGCAGCUAUGCAGGGCGUCACACCACCUGCAGGGAGUACUGCCAGGCCAUCUUCAGGACCGACUCGACCCCCACCGUGUCCCAGAUCAACGCUGUCAAAGAGUACUGUCAGAGUCACAGCGCUCAGCUGCUCAGCUGCGUCAGCAACUUCACCAAGUCCUACCCCAUACGCAGCCCCAUUGACAGUCUGUACUGCUGUGACCGGGCAGAGGCUACCCACUGCCAGGAGGCGUGCCGGCGAAUCCUUCGCACCAUGAGCACCGAACAUGAGAUCAUGGAGGGUUUGAUCGAUGAGUGUGGCUCCCAGCCUCUCCCUCAGGAACCCAUGUGGCAGUGCUUCCUGGGCAGCGUACACACACGACUCUAUCGCAUCACACUGCAGGUACACACACUAACCCCAGACUGUGACCAGCCUGUGCUCUGCUCUCACAGGGACAUGUGUCAGGAGAUCAGCACUAACUGGGGCAGCCAGACGUGGCAAGACUUUGACCAGCUCUGUGAGUACAACCCCGUGGAGACGGAGCUUAUCAACUGCCUGGCUGACGUCAGAGAGCCGUGCCAGCUGGGCUGCAAGGACCUGGCCUACUGCACCAACUUCAACAACAGGCCCACAGAGCUGUUCCGCAGCUGUAACGUCCAGUCAGACCAGGGCGCCAUGAACGACAUCAAGCUGUGGUCUAAUGGGACGAUCAAGAUGCCGUUCAUGAACAUCCCUGUGUUGGACAUCAGGAAGUGUCUGCCAGACAUGUGGAAGGCUGUGGCCUGCUCCCUGCAGAUCAAACCCUGCCACAGCAAGUCCAGAGGGAGCGUCAUAUGCAAGUCAGAUUGUGUGGACAUCCUGACCCAGUGUGGGGAUAAGAAGCGUUUCCAUGAAGGACAGACUCCCGAGAGGAUCUGUGAGCUGCUGUCGCCCAUUGACGACCCUGAACGCUGCAUCCCCCUCCACAGAUACCUCACCCCCAGUUCCCUAGACAACAGCAUCGUGGAGGAGGUCAUCCAUCCAUGCAACCCCAACCCCUGUCCCAGCAACCACUUAUGCCAGGUGAACAGGAAGGGCUGCCUAGAUGAGCUCAGCUGUCAGCCACACCUGUGUGUGCCAGGCUGCAAACUGGGCGAGGCCUCCGAGUUUCUGGUGCAGCAGGACGCUCGUAUCCAGGUGCCAACGCGCAGCGGUCCUUCUGGGUGUCACGAGGUGUGCAGCUGUGGUCCCAGUGGGCGUCUGGAGAACUGUCUGCCGAUGCCCUGUGUGGACACCAACAAGCCGUGCAUCGUAGGAGGACAGAGGAGGAGCCACGGGACAUCUUUCAGGAUGGACUGCCACACUUGUUCCUGCUUUGGUGGGGACGCCAUUUGCUCCACUAGGGCAUGCCUCAACUACGACAGCUCUGACCAGGACCGCAGACACUUUACCGGCCUUCCCUGUGGGUGUCCAGAUCGCUUCGUCCCAGUGUGUGCCUCCAACGGGCGGACGUAUCCCAGCGCCUGUGUGGCUCGCUGUAUGGGCUUCAAGGACCACCAGUUUGUGUUCGGCCUGUGCCGCCUUAGUAACCCCUGCACUGGCAAACCCUGCCAGAGAAACCAGAGGUGCAUCUUAAAGUACCGUGUGUGUCUAAGCGACUGGUCGGACUGCCCACAGUAUGAGUGUGUGGGCCGGCCCGCUGCCUGUGAUAAGAGCAGCGUGGAGCCGGCCUGUGACACUGACGGCCUGCUCCACGCCAGUCUGUGCCAGCUGCAGCAGGCCGGGAAGAGCCUGGCCUACAUGGGCCACUGCCAGGAUGGCUGUCGGAAGCCUCGGCAAAUCUGUGGCCAUAACGGUGAAACCUACAACACGGUGUGUGAGGCCUUCUCUGACCGCGUGGCCAUGGACUACGAGGGCCCCUGCCACGCUGUGGGGGCCCUGUCUGACGUGGCUCCCGACUCUGCAUGCAGUGUGAUUCCCUGUCCAGCUCUGUCCACCCCGGGCUGCCAGCCUGUCACCCCCCCUGGAGCCUGCUGUCCUAUCUGUGCCAGCAUGCUGCAGCUCCUCUGGAACAAAGAACAGAUCAACAUUUUCUCUAAGCUGAAUAAGAACCAGCCUGUGACGGUCCAUGACGUGCUGCAGGUCCUGCGACUUCAUGUCUCCGUACCACAGUGCGAUGUCUUUGGAUACCUGAGCAUCGACCACCAGCUGGUGGUCCUCAUUGCUCCAGUGGAGCAGCAGCCAACACCACUGCAGGUCGAAGCCUGCAGUAAGGAGGCAGAGAAGAUUGAUUCCCUCAUCAACUACGCCAGCCCCACGCUGGUCUCCCAUGUCCCCCUCUCUGCCUUCCUCAAUUCUGAGAUCCAGACCUCCUCUAUCCGCUCGUCCGCGAGCCCUGGGCCUUCCCCUCUGCCCCCAGGCCUCUGCUUCCUGCUGGGCCUCCUCAUGGCUGCAGCCCCUGUCCUCCAGCAGGUCUCAGUGCCAAUCCCCCUGCUUCUCCCUCACUAACUCUUUAGUCUUCCAAAGUACCCCCCUUCUUCCUGGGAUGGCAGUAAGUCCUGAGGUGAGUGUGCGCUCAUGGAGCAGGAAGAAGCAUCAGCGGUGCCUUUUUCGACAAUCAUUCCUAUUGGCUCCCCUGCGUGUCAAACAAUCAUGGCGGUGGAAAAGCAAUUAUUCUUAUUAUAUUAUAUGAAUUUAUUUAGUAUGGACAGUAUUAUUCAACACACUGGUUCUCCCUCAGUGACGUGUGUGUGUGUGUGUGUGUGUGUGUGUGUGUGUGUGUGCGUGUGUGUGUGUGUGUGUGUGUGUGACUUCAUACCAGCAGUGUUUAUCCACUAGUCCCAGCAGCAGCUCUCUGAAAGCUGUUAGGUGGGAAUGUAAGUUUCAUGACUCACUCUGUCUCCUUCUGAGGCUUUGUGUGUGGGUUUGUGUGUGUGUGUGUGUGUGUGUGUGGUGGGGGGGAGGGACAGAUGUGCUGCCAGACAGCAGCACAUCUGUCUGACAAAUUAGCCACAAUUCCCUCUGCCACACAUAGACUUUUACAUACACUCACACACAAAGAUGGGUGUCAGUCAGGCAGACCCCCCCCCAGUGUGUCACAUGGAGUGUGUAGCACGGUGUGUAGUGUGUAGCGCAGUGCAGGAUGUAACAUGUGAGGUGUGUAUAUGGACCUGGUGUUGAACCUCUAACCUCAGCAGUGUUAGUGCCAUGCUCAUGGGCUGCGCCAGCUCAGA